AGGGUGAGGGGUUGAGAGGGAAGUUUAGGUUAGUUCGGUGCUCAGUCUGGAGUAAGUUGAGAUUAGUGAAGAUUUUGAUAUAUAAUGGCUAUGCAGUUACAGGAGUGGUUACGUUCGCUUCAGCUCUGUGGGCGUGAUGUUGGGAUGACUGAGUUGGCGGACUUGAAGAGGUUGCUUCCUUCUCUUGCGCUUUCUCCUCCAUCUCUGAUGGGGCUUGGAGCAGUAGCAUCACUCACAGCAUACUGGCUGGUAACCCGACCUCGCUCCAUUCAAUUUCCUUGUGAUCUUACGGCCCAGUCUGUACCCGUACAGGGGGAUCCCAGUUGCAGACGAUCGGCUUUGCUGAAAGAUGAUAAACUACUAGACUUUUACUUUGAAGAUACAAAGACAGUGUACGACAUGUUUCAGCGAGGACUUAGAAUAGCAGGUGAUGGACCAUGCCUCGGCUUUAGGAAACCAGGAGAACCAUAUCAGUGGAUCUCUUAUACUGAGGUGGCAGAGAGGGCGCAGGUACUGGGCUCUGGUCUGCUCGCCAAGGGAUGCCAGCCUAAUCCUAAACAAUUUGUGGGCAUCUUUGCACAGAACAGGCCAGAGUGGAUCAUUACAGAACUAGCCUGCUACACUUACUCCAUGGCGUUAGUACCUCUGUACGACACGUUGGGCCAGGAAGCCAUGGUGCACAUCCUCAACCUGGCGGAGAUUUCUCUGGUGGUCUGUGAUAAGGAGGAGAAAGCACAGUCGUUACUGAUGAAUAAAGAGAAAGGAGUGACUCCUACUCUGUCCUGCCUGGUGCUGUUUAACUUUGUGAGCGCCGCCCUGGUGGAGAGAGGGAGGAACUGUGGUGUGGAAAUCCUGCAGCUCACACAACUCAUGGAUUUGGGUCGGGAGAAUCUCCAGGCUCCUGUGCCACCCAAGCCUGAAGACCUGGCUGUGGUCUGUUUCACCAGUGGAACUACAGGAAAGCCAAAAGGGGCCAUGAUCACUCAUGGCAACAUCACCUCCAACACCUCAUCUGUCAUCAAGAUUCUAGAGGGCUUUUUUGAGAUUCGCCAGGAGGAUGUGUCGAUCUCAUACCUACCCCUCGCUCACAUGUUUGAACGCAUGAUUCAGGUGUCGAUGUUCUGCCAUGGUGCUCGAGUGGGCUUUUAUCAGGGUGACAUCUCUUUGCUUAUGGAUGAUAUUAAAACCCUAAAACCCACCUUCUUCCCUGUGGUACCUCGCCUCCUUAAUCGCAUUUAUGAUAAGAUCCAGGGUUCAGUGACGUCUGUGUUUAAAAGAGCUGUGCUGCACUACGCUGUGAAAAGGAAACAGGCCGAGCUGAGCAGUGGGAUCGUCCGAAACAACAGCAUCUGGGACAGACUCAUCUUUAACAAGAUACAGGCCAGUUUAGGUGGAAACCUGCGCUUCAUCCUGACUGCAUCAGCUCCAAUCUCCCCCACAGUGCUGUCCUUCCUCAGAGCCGCCCUCGGCUGCCUGAUAUUUGAGGGCUACGGUCAGACUGAGUGCACAGCCGGCUGCACCUUUUCGAUGCCCGGUGACUGGAGCGCAGGUCAUGUUGGAGCUCCUCUUCCUUGCUCUAUGGUGAAGCUAAAAGACAUUCCUGACAUGAACUACUAUGGCAAGAAUGGACAGGGAGAGAUCUGUAUCAGGGGACCAAGUGUAUUUCAGGGUUACCUGAGGGAUGAGGAAAAGACGGCUGAGGCUUUGGACAGUGAUUGUUGGCUGCACACCGGGGAUGUAGGACAGUGGCUCCCGAAUGGGACUCUGCGUAUCAUUGACAGAAAGAAGCACAUCUUUAAGCUGUCUCAGGGAGAGUACAUCGCUCCGGAGAAGAUCGAAAACGUCUACACCCGUUGUGUGCCUGUACUUCAGGUGUUUGUACAUGGAGACAGUCUCCAGUCUUAUUUAAUAGGUAUUGUAGUCCCAGAUCCUGAGAUCUUCGUUGACUGGGUUAAAGAAAGAGGAAUUGUGGGAUCGUAUGAAGAACUCUGUCAGAAUCCUGAUGUAAAGAAGGCUGUGCUGGAGGACAUGACGGCAGUGGGAAAGAAAGCAGGACUAAAGUCUUUUGAGCAGGUGAAGGACGUGUAUCUGCACCCUGAGAUGUUCAGCAUAAGUAACGGACUUCUCACCCCCACCCUGAAGAGCAGACGAGUUGAUCUGCGCAGAGUCUUCAGUGAACAGAUCACACAGUUAUACAGCAAAGCAUCCAUGUAGAGACUCAACACAGGUCUAGAAGCUUUUCUGACAGUGGUUCACAAUAAAUGUCCUGCUGAACUGGAAUCACACUACUUUAAACACUCUGGGUGGGUCUCAGCAUCCUUUUACAGCCGACCGUCUUUUGUAGAGCAAAAUGAACACUCAUGAUGCCAUUCAAGUCCAACAGUCUUGACUAGCUUUUUAAUAAUUUUUUUUAAGGCUGUGUAAUGUCAGAGCUUAAAAAUGGUUUUUCUCUAAGCUGAAAAAGAUGGAGAAAACUGGACCAAUGACAUCACUGUGUCCAUCAAUCAGGGUAAGAACUCAAGUUUAUUCUGUAGGCAUAUCAUUUAUGAGUUAGUGAUUACAUUACAUUGAUUUUUGGUGGUCAGGAACCAUUUUCUUCCUGCAUGUUACAGACACAGUGAUAUCAUCAAUCCAGUUUUCCUUGCCAACCCCCUUUUCCCCAAGUGAUUUGAGGAAAUAAUAAAGGCCUUAAAAUAAUAAUAAAAAAGGUCUGGCCUUAACCAGAUGUGCACAACGGAGGUCCAUAUAGAGCCUGACUUUCUCAUCCAACAUUAGUGCUAGGCUUUCCAUUAGCCACUGUAAUUUGCACUGUAGGUUAAUUUAGAAGGGACAAACUUUUAUUUGUUGUUCAAAUGUUAAAAUUUCUUGUUGAUUAUGAUUAUCAUUUUCAAUUAGUAAAAAGCAGUAAGCACAGUUUGGAUUGAUUUUAUAGAUCGAUGAGUUAGGUGUGGUUUUAGUAGUUUCAUAAUUCUAUUGAUUGGUAAAUUACUAACAAACUACUCAACCUGAUGUGUAAUUUAUGUCAUUUGGAUUAUAAACAAAUGUAUGAACUGAACUGUAUAUGUGGACAUUUUUGAACUGUACAUAUUGAUGCCUAAUAUGGCAGAUGAAAUAGCUAACUCGUUUUAACCAGGGUAAAAAUGUACUGUAUUUAGCAUUGUUGUCAUUUAUCAAGCAUUGGAAUAAAAAAAAUAAUUUUCUGUCA